AUGGUGACGGUUCUGCUGCUGGCCGGCACGCGGCGAGGGACCCCGCGGCGGUGGAGGCAGCGGCGGCGAGAAAGCCGCAGAGAGGAGCAGGAGCAGCUCUUACGGCACCGGCCCGACCAGCCCCAGAACCCCAAGGUUUUAAAAGUCGCCAUCAUCGGCGCGCCGAACGCCGGGAAGUCCACGCUCUCUAAUCAGCUCCUGGGCAGGAAGGUGUUCGCGGUCUCCAAGAAAGUGCACACGACCCGAUGCCAAGCGCAGGGCAUCGUCACGAGCGAGGACACGCAGCUGGUCAUUCUGGAUACACCUGGCCUCACUAGUCCCUUGAAAGCCAAAAGGCACAAGCUAAAUGAAUCCAUGCUGAAGGACCCAUGGGAGAGCAUGAAACAUGCAGAUAUAGUUCUGGUCUUGGUGGAUGUAUCGGAUCACUGGACACGAAACAGUCUGAGCCAAGAGGUGCUGAAGUGUCUUUCUCAGUUUCCCCAGAUUCCCAGUGUCCUGGUUCUGAAUAAGGUGGAUCUGGUAAAGAAGAAAUUCAUCCUGCUGGAUCUAGUAGCUGAGCUAACAGAGGGCAUUGUGAAUGGACAGAAACUGAAAGUGAGAUCCGAUACUGAACAUAAUUCCCGUUCUUCAUCAAGAACUCCUAAAAUUUCUCACAUAUCUCUUUCAGAGAUUAGGGCCUAUGAAUCUCACAGUUUACAGGAAACAGAAAAAGUCCAAGAAGAUUGUAGCUUGGAUAGCAGCAGUGGUACGGGGUCCAGUCUCAUCUCAGACGAAGUGCAAGACCCAAAGCCCUGUGAAUAUAAGCAUCUUAAAAAUGUGAAAGGUUGGCCAGGCUUCCAGGAGAUCUUCAUGCUUGCAGCCCUCCAUGGAGAGGAGGUGGAUACGCUAAAGCGGUACCUCCUGAUGCAAGCCAAGCCAGGCCCUUGGGAGUUUCAUAGUGGGGUCUUGACCAACCAGUCACCUCAAGAGAUCUGUGACAACAUCAUCAGGGAGAAGCUACUGGAGUACCUGCCCCUGGAAGUGCCCUAUGGUGUGCAUCAGGUGACAGAGAUGUGGGAGGAAGGGCCAAGCGGAGAGCUCCUCAUCAUGCAGAACCUCGUGGUCCCGAGGAAGUCUCACAUGAUGAUGUUGAUUGGAAGAAAAGGGAAGAUUAUCAGCAAGAUUGCCCAGGAGGCUGGCCAGGACCUGAUGAAUGCUUUCCUUUGUGAUAUCCGCUUGAAGCUCAGGGUGGAGGUGAAGAGUUGAACUCUUUGCAUAGGUUUCAGCAGCCCUCAAGCUCUCUGGUCACGUGGAGAAACCAGUGCUGUUUUUUCUGGGGGUAUUUCAGCAUCUU